AUGUCGUCGGAGACUCAGUCGAACUUGGUACUAAGCGGCGUCCGCGGCAGCGAGGGCCCCGGCCACCGGCCGCACAGCAACGAUGGGGAAGUCAACAUCCCCAUCAGAACGGCCACCAACGAGAGGGGGACCGCCGUCGGACAACUGAUGGACGUACGCCAGACAAAGACACACAAACGGACGUGACACUCACACGAGGGUAAUUGUCGGUUGAUGGGGGUCCUUUGUUUCACCGCGUGUGUGUUCCCAGAAGGUAGGCCUCAGCAAGCGCAGCUCCCAGGAGAUCCAAGAACGUCGCAAGGCCAACCUGCAACGAGCUGAAACACUCGUGGUAUGCCUCCCUCCCCACCUCCAGAGCUCUUCGUCAGCCCCACCCACUCAUUUGCGCCCACCCCUUUUUCUUCCUGCCUUCCUUCCUUCCUGUCGUCUGUCUGUCUGUCUGUCUGAAGAAGCUGCGCAUUGAGGGCAUCAAGGACAAGAAUGAGGGCAAGCUCGACGCAGCGGAGGAGCGUCGCAAAACGAGAUUGCCAAGAAGGCUGAGCACGAGAAGAAGAAGGAUGACAAGCGGCAGCAGGUCAUCGAGCGGGCCAAGGAGCUCGAGAGACAGAAGCAGGAGGAGAUAGAGAACAAGCAGGCCGGCAAGCUCGAUGAAGCAGAGCAGCGGAGGAAGAAGCAGCUCGAGGACAGGGUCAAGCGCAUGGCAGAGCUCGCUGCCACCGAGGAACACGUCCAACGCGCGGCUGAGAUUCAGCAAAAGAAGGUCGAACAGAUCGUUUCCAAGACGGCAGGUAAGUGGGUGGGCGAGUGAGUCAGAAAGUGACACGAUCGUUACAUCUGUGUGUCUGUCGGUGUGUGCUUCGCGCAGGGAAGCUGGAUGCCGCCGAACAGCGCCGCCUGGACCUUCAGGCUCAAGUGGCCAAGCACCUGGCCGAGCUAGCCGACGCCGAGGCGCAGGUCAAGAAGGCAGAGGCAAUGGAGCGGGCACGCAAGGAGGACAUCAUGGUGGGCACCCAGCGCAGAAAGCUGACCAACUGUGUGCACCCGUAUCUCGUGUCUCGCUCUGUCUGUGAAUCAAUGUGCAGAAGAGACGGCUGGAGCACCUAGAGAAGGAGAAGGAGCGCAUGCGAGAGCUUGGACUGACGGAGGAGAUCGAGAAAAUUGCCAAGGAGAUCGAAGAGAUGAAGGUAAAGGCCAUGAUCGUAAGCAAAACGCACUCUCGAUCGUUGAUGCCGUAUCUGGCUCAUGCUUUCUGCCCUCUGCCUUCCUACCUGUUCGUCUGUGUGUGUCUGUGUGCGUGUGCAGGACAAGACCGACGGCAACCUGGAUGCAGCCGAGUGGUGGGAGCGACUCUACGGGAAGAAGACAAAGUGCACCAAGGUAAAUGUCAGCGGCCAUCAGACCACCAGUAGCGUCUAUCAAUUUAAGAUUCCGGCUUUGUAUUGAUCUUGUCAGGAACGUAUAAAGGCCAUCAAGGUAUGCCUCAUUCGGAUCGAAUCACGAUAGACACAUUACUCCUUGAGCUGACCUUGUGUGUUCAGAAAGAGUUCAAGGGCACCAAGAAAGAGCCCAUGCUGCGAAGGCAUUCUGCCCCACUGGUAUGCACACUGCUUUUCCUCAUCGUCCUGCCGCCCUCUCGUCUUCUUGCCACUUCUAGGCCAUCAUAUUCGAGAGUCUAAUCGAGCAUGCGGUGCCGAGACGCCGCCACUCGGCCCCAUCAGUAAGCACUGGCACACGUUAUGGUCGAGUGUGGUACAUCAUGUGAUUUACUCCCCUUCCAGGCUGCUGACCAUGACCACCACCACCACCACCAGCAGCAGGAGCAGCAGGAUCAGCAGCAGCAGCAGCACCAGCAGAGGCAGCACAAGCAGCAGAAGGUAUGAAUCCAUACACAUCGCGGAGAAGCGCACUCUCCUUCUCCGUUGUCCUUGGCAGCCGGGUGCCCCGUGGUUCGAUGGCUUCCUCUUGUUCGCGUGGCUGAUGUCCCCCCCAGGGGCCGAUCUCUUUUGGAUCGGCCUCUGGGAGGGACGCAACAGUGCAUGCUGA